AUGCCUUACACCAGAUCGAUGGCCCUCGCGGCCCGCACAGCUGCACCCGCCGCGUCGCGAGAUGAUGCAGCAUCCGCAGCGCAGCCUGCCAAAGAAGCGUUCCCCCUGCUCGCACUCCCUUACGAACUCCGCGCAAUGAUAUUCGAACACGCAACACGCGAUGGCCCGGUUCUCGUGCGUAACAACAGGAAAGCGCCCUUCCAACUGGCUUCUCCGUUCUCCGGAGUGAACCGGCAAAUCCAGGCAGAGCUUCAGCCAAUCGUGGAACGGCUCACGCCAACCUCAUGGAGACAAGCAGGGAAGAUCACAGUCGACGUGUAUAAUCUGAACUUCGAUACACUUUUUGACUUUCUAGACGCCCUCACGCGACAGGAAAUUCAGGAUUACAGAAGACUUGGUACCGUCAUCACCCCCAGGCUGCGAUUCGGACGAUGUUCGCGAAGGUAUAGAUCACGUCGGCAGAUCAGAGAAGAAGACAUGGAGUCACUGGUCGACUGGUUGGAGACCUCCAUGACUCAAACAGAAGAAUGGUCUGGUAUAAGUGACUGGAAAUGCGAAUUUGUUGUCAACAAGCCCGAGACGACGCUCAUCCCCUGGCUACGAGCCCUUGACAAAUUCUCGGACGACGUAUAUUUCAGCCCAAGUCGAGCAAUGACACGUCCGGGCAAGUUGAGAUUGAGACAGGCGAUCCAGAAGAUCGUAGACACGGGCGUGGAUGUCUUGCACAGGUCCAAUCUGGUUCUGUACGAAACACAGGCAGGCGAUGAAGAAAGAUAUUGA